CACACACACUGUUCAUGGAUCAAGUGAAUUACUCUCCCAGUAUGUGUUGUAGCUGUCUCCACUCUCACUCUCUCUCCCACUUUGCAUUUUAACAAAGCUCUUAACACGUGGAUACCGAUGAAAGUCUCCCUCCAUCGCCCUCUCCUUCAUCUCACUGCCGCUUCUGUAUCACAGGUUGUGUGCAAACCAUCCCUCUCCUCCCUCCCCUUCCCACAGCCAGGAUCCGAUGGGGUCAACAUUGGCCAGAAAAGGGAUGAUCUUGGAGCUGGAAGCAUUUUAGCACAGACGCAUACUCACACACACACACACACACACACACAUGAAAAGGACGCAAUCAACAAAAAUCUCACACAAGCCAAGUUUCCCUUUCCUGCAGCUCAGGGGUUUUGAGUGAAGUGGAGGAAGAACUGGGAGCUGUCAUCAUAUCAGCCGGACAAGUUACAUGCAGCGGCCGAGGGCGAGCAGAGUUGGAGAGUUGGAGUUCUGCGGGAUCCCAGUGUGGGCUGGAUGGAUGGGAAUGGGGAGAAGGGACGCCCCAUUCGGCUACCGGCUGCUCGGAAUGCUCACCCUGGCUCUCUGGCUCCCAGCAGUCAGCUGCCAGUGCCGGAUUCUGAAGUGUAAUUCGGAGUACCUUUCUGCGACUUCUGGAUUGCACGUGGGUACAGAAGAAUCAGCAGAGUUCUGCAUCGCUCUGCGAGCCUACUCCCAGUGCACGCGCAAGACUGCGCGGGCCUGCCGCGGUGACCUGGCCUACCACUCAGCCGUGCACGGCAUCGAGGACCUCAUGAACCAGCACAACUGCUCCAAGGUGGGGCCCACCCAGACCCCCGCCCGUGCACAGCCCACCUCCCUGGACUGCAUGGUGCACUCAGACGCCCCUGAGCUCUGCAACUACGAGAAGAGCCUGCAGCGGCACGCGCCGCACCCCAACUACACACACUGCGGCCUGUUCGGCGACCCGCAUCUCCGCACAUUCACUGAUGACUUCCAAACCUGCAAGGUCCGCGGUGCCUGGCCGCUCAUCGAUAACAACUACCUUUUUGUCCAGGUGACCAAUGUCGCCGUAGUCCCGGGCUCCAGCGCAACUGCCACAAGUAAGCUCACGGUCAUUUUCAAGAACUUCCAGGAGUGCGUUGAUCAGAAGGUGUACCAAGCAGAGACCGACGACCUCCCAGCGGCCUUCGUCGAUGGCUCGAGAAAUGGCGGCGAGAAACAUGGCGCCAACAGCCUGAGGGUGCUGGAGAAAGUGGCCGGGCAGCACAUCGAGAUCCACGCCAAGUACAUCGGGACCACCAUCGUGGUGCGGCAGCUGGGCCACUACCUGACCUUUGCCGUCCGGCUGCCCGAGGAGGUGGCCAAUUCCUUUGAGGACAACCAGGGCCUGCAGCUGUGCCUGAAGGGCUGCCCCACCAACGAGCGAAUGGACUGGAGGCUCCCUCAGCCACGGAAGGGAGGGUCCGCGGCCCCCCACAGCGCCUUCACCCGUGAAGCGGCCACCGCUAAGUGCAGGGAGCGGCUGCCCGUGGACGAUCUGUACUUUCGAUCGUGCGUGUUUGACCUCCUGACCACGGGCAACGUGAACUUCACACUUGCGGCGUACUACGCCUUCGAAGAUGUGAAGAACUUGCACUCGAAUAAAGACAAGCUGCACAUAUACCAGAGGACAGCUGACCACUCAGAGGGCAACUCUGCCCCUGGGAGACCCAGUCUCCAGACUCUUCCCAUCGCCCACUUCCUGCUAAUCUGCUCCCUUUGGUGUUGCCUGGCACGCCUAUAGCCAUGCUGAUGGGUGACUUUUAUCAAGCAGCUGGUUUUGAUCUGAAUUGUUUUCGCUUUGAACCGCCGGUGACUACCUAUCUGGUACCUCGUUUUUGCGCUCGUCCGUAAAUUAUUUCUGGUCUUCCCCCCCCUCCCCCCCCCCCAGCCCCGGCACCUGUGGACACAUUGAUUUCUUCUCUCGCGCUGCCAGCUGUUAGGCGGAGAUCACCAGUGUCAUUCCCCACCCUGUCGGUGUUUGUGGUUGUGUGUUUGUGGCAUUUGUAGGGGAUUUGGAAUAGUGCAGGCGUGCGAUGUCCGUCUGAACCAGGGGCCUGGCUGCACAUCUCCGUCACUUCCCUGUGACCGCCCCUCCCCCGACCUUCGGCAAAAAGAGGACCACCCAUCUGAAUCUCAGUACAAUUUCAACCCCCUUUCAAAACACCUUUCAAAAUCUAACCCUAACGCCAACCUCUUGACAGGGGAAGCGUCGGCAAAUGGUGAAAAUUCUCACCUGGUGAGGAAUAUUGGAUCUGGGUAAAAAUUGUGGAGUUCCAGUCUCCUGGUUGCCAGGAUCUGUGCUUUCACAGGGCACGUUCCUCCUGCUACUUGGGGCCUUCCACUGAUUCGACCUUCCCUUUGAGGCUGGUGAGUGUUGACAGGCUAUUACCACACCGGGCAUCACAGUGGUUUAGCACCAGGCUCAUUCCCCUUGAGCUACAGAGUGGCACUACACAUUAGGGCUUCACCUUCAUCGACAAAGUAAAUGUGCUGUAAGCCUGAGUACAAUGCACUGGCACGUUGUGGAACCCCCCCCACCCCCAUCUUCCCAGCUAACCAGGAGCAUAGUGUUGUUUGAUUUGCCUUCUCGAUGGGACAGUGACGUGAAGUUUCAUGCCCAUUUGUGCCUAUUACACUGGCACCUGAUGCCCUGUGUCCUGCUGGCUUUGGUUCAGCACAGCUGUGAGCCUUUGUGUCGAAGAUUGGAACUCGCGCACUGCGGGUUAUUGACCAGCUGCGCAGCUUGAGAUUAAAGAUGGCGGAAUGGACACACUGAUGGCUGGGAAUCCUCACGCAUUUUACCCAGCAGUCCACCACGAGCUGCCCCCUUCCUCCAGGAUCAACCAGGAUGGGAGACCGUCACCCGCUACACUGGAUCUGACCCGGUAACCUAGACAACUGGAGUGUCCUUCCAGCUCUUCCCAUGUUGGCUUGUGGGUCAAAGGCAGUGAAGGGGCUUAAAUAACACACACGUGCGUCGUCCUGUCCAUUCACCAUCAUCCAUUGUCCCCACACCCUUUCAGUGAGCUGUUUUUACCUGUUGACCUUCUACUGUUCAAGCAUGUCCCUUUGCCAUGGUGUAAAAGGAGAUGUAUGUGACAGGAAGAGAAAGCUUGCAUAGUACUGACGAGGCAGCUCUCCUGAGGGCUCCAGUGAUGAAUGCCUUGCCAGGUGGGUUAGUGAGCUGGAUAGAUGCAGGUUGACUUCGCAGUCUGGCUGGAGGGAGCUGUAUUGGUGGGGGUAGAGUUGAUCUCCUUGGGAUGAGGAAGGAGGUGAUCAAGCCAAAGUUGCUGCGUUAGCCCCAUUCUGUGGAGAAAUGUCUGUCUGAGUGAAUACAGCAGCAUAACAGGGUGGAGGCUGCUAUCAGACCCGGCUGAUGGGCCUGUGAUUAGAUUAAUUUUCCAACCCAGAGGGAUGUGACACUGGGUGAGCUGACCCUUAAAGACACAUGUCUGAGGCAAUCAGAACAGUUUAAGAUAGAAAGUAAAUUUUAUAGCUAUGUAUAAUAGUAAAUUACACAGUUUAUGUAAAACAUUCACUUUAUUAUUUAUAUUGAGGAUUACAUUCUGGGGCACUGUAACAGUAACAAUAAAAAAAAGUCAUGGGGGUGGGGCAAACAAGGGAGGGAGCUGAAUCAGAACAGAGUCCGCGGAAGAGAAGGCACACUCCCAACACCAGCAGUGCCCACCUCCAUCUCUUAAAAAUCUCAAGGGUGCUGGUAGACACCGGAUGUUCCCUCUUCUAAGGUUACCUGGGCAUAAAUGUAGCUGUGGAAGAAGGGCAGGCAGUCAGGAACUACCCCAUACCUCAUCCCUUUCAUGGGCCACUCCCUAAACCCUAUUGGUGGUCAUUUCAGGCGAGUCAAUGAUGAGGUCCUCCCCCCCCCCCCCCCACACACACA